CUCUCUCUCUCUCUCUGUGUGUGUGUGUCUCUUAUCCUCUUAUAGUGGCUCUCACCUCAAAAUCAGCGCUCAUCCUGCAGAGCUGCUUGUGUGCUGGUGUCAGAGCGGAGAGACAGCGGGGGCACCAUGGCGAGUCCCGGGCAGAAAGUGGUGCUGAUCACCGGCUGCUCCUCCGGUAUCGGCCUGAGGAUGGCCGUGAUGCUGGCCCAAGAUGAACAGAAGCGCUAUCACGUCAUAGCAACGAUGCGUGAUCUGAAACGUAAAGAUAAGCUGGUGGAAGCUGCCGGGGAUGCGUAUGGGAAAACUCUUUCUCUGGCUGUGCUGGACGUCUGCAACGAUGAGUCCGUCAAACAGUGCAUCGACGGCAUCAAAGACCGACACGUGGAUGUCCUCAUAAACAAUGCAGGCAUUGGCCUUGUGGGUCCACUGGAGAGCAUCCCCAUCGAAGAGAUGAAGAAAGUGUUUGAGACCAAUUUCUUUGGGGUGAUCCGCAUGAUCAAGGAGGUGAUGCCUGAUAUGAAGAGAAGGAAAGGAGGACACAUCAUCGUGGUCAGCAGCGUGAUGGGACUGCAAGGUGUGGUGUUUAAUGACGUGUACGCAGCGUCCAAGUUUGCUAUGGAGGGAUUCUGUGAGAGCUUGGCUGUGCAGCUCUUUAAGUUUAAUGUCACAAUGUCGCUGAUUGAGCCGGGCCCAGUUCACACAGAAUUUGAGGCAAAGAUGAUUCAGGAUGUGAAGGAAAAGGAGUAUCCCGGGGCCGAUCCUGAGACGGUGAAUUACUUCAAGAACGUCUAUCUUCCUUCCUCUGUUGACAUCUUCCAGCUCCUGGGACAAACGCCCGAUGACAUCGCCAGAUGCACCAAGAAAGUGAUCGAAGCAAGCAGGCCUCGUUUCCGUAAUCUGACCAACCCCUGGUACUCGCCCAUCGUAGCUCUGAAAUACGCUGAUGAAACUGGAGACCUGUCAGUCCAUGCCUUCUACCACAUGCUCUUUACCAUGGGUUCUGUAAUGCACGUCUGCGUGACUGCCCUGAAGUAUCUCACUUGUGGAUGUCUGAGGAGCAGGACGGUUUCACCAAACUAGAAACUUAUAUCUUAAGCACAAAUGUGAAUAAUACAAACAUUAUGCAUCUGUGUCAGAGGCAGAAACAAAUACAUACAUAAGUUGACAGCUUCAAAGAGUUUAUCUUUUGUGGCCUGCCAUAUUUCCUGCAAUCCUUGUAAUGAAUAUGAACAUAUAUGAACAGUAUAUAUUUUCUCUUCUCUGUAUAAGUGUUGUAGCUUUAUGAAUGUACAGAUACGAUACCUGUUGAGUCCAGUUGAGUUGAAACACUACAGAUUUAAACAUUCCUUAGCCUACCCAGAGUGCCAAAUGAGUAGGGUUCACCUCAUUUUAUUAUUUUAUCUCAAUCAGUCCCACAAAACUUCACAUUGUUUUAAACUCUAAUUGGUUUAGAAAAAUAGUCCUACACCUUGUUGAUUUGCAGCCUGUGUAUUUGGAUGUAUUUGCAUUUAUGUACAUAUUUUUCCAAUUCUAUCAAUGUAUUGGAACUAUUUUGGCAUUAAAAAAUUUUAUUUAUACCAUCCAGGAGUUGUGUUAGUGCAAAUGUGGUUGCAUACGCAUUAUUCAUGAUUAUGGUUAAGUCUUAGCUAUAUACAUAUAAUUUACUUAUCCUUCUCUACUGUUUAGAAAAGACUCUUUCCAGGCAGUGUGUUUCUAUCAAGUGACAUAUUACAACCACAUUUCAUCAAAGCUAUGCCAUUGACUGCCUAUUUAGAAAUACCCAAUCUGCAUUGUUGUGAUAUCAUAUGGGAAUUCAGACAAACAAGUGUUUGAUUUAAACAAAUAAAGAAAAUUGCCAAUAUAUUUGAUUAAUAGCAUUUGUAACAGGGACUAGUAAAAACUGUACACCUGCAAAUAUGUCAGACACCUCUACGAUAAACAUCUGGUUUUACUGAAACCACAUCUGCAUACGAUUUUAAGAGGUUUCUGUAAAAAACAGACUU